AUGUCCGACACUGGCAGACAAUCUCUCUCCGACAAGGCCGGCGCAAAGCUGAAGCCCGACUCUGAGAAGUCUACGACUGAGCACGUCGGCGACAUGUUCAAGGGCAAGGCCGACUCGGCGGGGUCCACCGCUCAGCCCCAGAGCGAGAAGUCGUACACUCAACAAGUUGGCGACGCCGUGAGCGGCAACUCCAACAACGAUGAGUCGUCGCUGGCACAGAAAGCCAAGAACGCCGUGGGCAUGGGCAACAACUAG